GAGAAAGGUUUGGAAUGUACUUGUAAUUCAAUAUCAGCUGUCAGUAUGUUUGUUCCCUCUUUUUUUUCAAAUGACUGUGCACUUCUACAAUGUCAAAUUUGUUAAAACUAUGUGGUACAUAUUAAUGUCGAUCUUUUCCGCACGUGUUACGAGAACAGUAUUUAGCUCUGUACGGCGGCCAUUGUCACUUGAAGUCAGAGUGAAUAAUUAACAAACGUAAUCAUGUUACAUUUUAUGUCGUAUUUCCCUGAUUGUCGCGUCCAGUUUCAUUAUAAUUGGUGUUUCGAUACGGUGGGAGAAGGAAGGAUAUUGCAUGCCGUUCUAAUAGAAAAGCCACAAGGAAGCAGGUCCUCUACAGAUUACACAUCAAUAGAAUGACCAAUGUGCUCAUGAGUGACGGAUGUACAGAGAGUAAAGGAUGCUAACUCGACUCAUUCCUUGACUUGUAUGAGGAGGAAAACAGCGAGUCUCGGCCAUGACUUGUCUAUAUUAACAAAUUGACUGCUCAGUGGCAUGGGAAGAAGAUGGCCGUACAGAGUUUAUUUUUUGUUGAUGUGCUUGUUCUACAUGCUGAUGGUCUUUGUUUUCCAUGGACAACUGCAGAUGGAGAGACUCCACAACAAACAGAUGAGGGAAAUCGUCAGGCACGUUCAUACCGCCCUGCUCAAAUUCAAUGAAAGUUCAGAUAAUGUCGCUGGAUUGAAGAGGGAAUUGUACAAGCAUCAGAUCCGUAAUGACUCAGCCCACUCAAGCCCUCACCGGCCACUGUCAGCCGAUUGCUUGAUUUCUCCGCGGACCCCUGAGUACGAGUUCCAGACGGUUAUUCCUGAUGUUCUAUACGUCUACUCGGCUUACUGGGAUGCUAGGACGAGUCAAACUUUCAUAAGGGUCAUGGCCAUUCUCGCUAAGAACAAGAAAGGAAGAAUAGAAUUGACAUGCCUGGUCGGGGGGCAAAAUGUUAGUGCUGCUGUAUAUGAAAUGUGUGAGAAUCAUAACAAAAAGUUGGGGGGAUACAUAUUCUCCUUCCCGGUAGAGGACUUUAAACCGUGCCAAGUUACUUUGGAGGUAAGAGAAUCAGGUUCGACCUUGACAAGGACAGUGACCGUCAGUGUUACAGCAGUCUCGCCCGACAUGGCUCAAUACAAGUAUGGCGUGUGCAUUCCGCCUCUUUUUGGGGAAGUAGACAAAGGGAGGCUCGUAGAAUUCAUUGAACUCAAUCAACUUCUUGGUGCUCAGCAUUUCAUAUUUUAUGAUUACCAUAUAUCAAAAAACGAAUCAAGAAAAAUCCUAGACUAUUAUCGGUCCGUUGGUUUAGUGACUGUGAUACCAUGGAACUUACCGCCGCAGAUCAAGGACAGCUCGAUCUGGUACCAUGGACAGUUAAUAGCUCACAACGACUGCUUGUACAGAGCCAUGAGCCUGUAUCAGGUAAUGGUGCUACAAGACAUUGACGAGUACAUUGUGCCACACACGGAGGACCUGACCUGGUCAGCUGCCCUGUCCCAUCUGUUCCAGGUGGGGGUGGUGGGGCUGAGCUUUCACAGUGCUUUCUUUGACCCAGGGGAUUCCAAAUCGGGGGACCUUAUAACCAUGUCCCAGUUUACAAGGACAAGCAUGUACAGUAGAGUCAGGACCAAGGUCAUGGUCGUUCCCGCCCAGGUCUUUGAGGUGGGAAUUCAUCACGUCAGUAAGCCACUCCUCGAGGACUCAACGAUAAAGACAGUGGACACAAACGUGGCCAAUCUACAUCAUUACCGCAAAUGUGUGAAGAAUUUCGGCAUGAAAUGUGACAAAAAUGUGGAGGACAAAACUAUGCUCAAAUAUGUGAAAUCUUUAAAUGAUAGAUUCAGAUACAUCAUGAAUUUCACUAUAUUAUGAUCACAACAGCAAAGCAUUAGGAAAAGAAUUCAGAUCAUAUUUUUUGAAGAAGUCAGAUUUAAUCUUAUUGAUUGGUUUUGUAAUGAUAUGUUGAGUUAGAUUCCUAUCAAAGACUUAACGUGGUUGUGCCAAGUUUGCGUUGCCAUUAUUAAUAUUUCUUUUAAAAUAAGUAUUGAAAGGUAUUGAUUAUGUGAUGAGAAAAGCCAGGCUACAGAUUAAUUUUUUUUUUCACUUUUGUUGCACAUUUCAAAACAUUUAUAAUUUAUUGUGGAUAACUUGUUUACUGGUAGUAUUGAGAUUGUAUGCAUGACUGAAUAAAAGCAUCCAUGUUAUGUGUCUAGCUAUUCAAUUUCACACCCAUGUACAAAGACAUUUUGAAAUAAAAAUUGGUAUUUUGUCA